GGUCAGACGGCAGUAACGGUUAACUACCGGUUUUUGGAGGGAUUUUGUUAUAUGCAGUUUUACUUUUGUGUCGUCGUACUUAUUUAUAGAUUUACACACAGCAAAAUCAAUGGAAACUUCGGAUAAGAAAAACUUAAAAAUUAGUCAAGACACUGCAACAUUUGGUGAAUAUAUAAAUCCUGUAAUGAAGUCUAUUUCAGGACAAAUUUGUUUUGAAAAUUCCAUCAAGCGACAUGUGUUAAGUAUUACAAAUGAAAAUGUGAACUGUUACAAUUCUUUAACAUGGAAGAAAUAUCCAGAAACAGGGUUUAAUCAAGUUCUACUUUUAAAAAAUGAAAAAUGUUAUAAGGAGCAUUUGAAAUCUUCUGUUGCUGGCAUGAAUUUAAGUAGAAAUGAAUAUUAUACUGUUCCGCCUUUUGAAGAUUUGGCCAUCCUGACAGAUGAAAGUGGUAAUUGUAUUGUCGAAAAUCUAAUUAUUGGCCGACGAGGAUAUGGAAGUGUGUUUUUCCCAGGAAAAACAAAUGUUACCGGCCUUCAUUUAGAUAAGAUAGUUCACUUUGGAAGAAGGAUGAUUAUGGUAUAUCCUGAUGAUAACUGUAGGCCUCCGGUUGGACAAGGUCUUAAUAAAAAAGCUAAGGUUACCCUUGAGUGUGUGUGGCCAAGUGACAAAAUCACGGAAGAGCCAAUAAGAGAUGUUAAAAGAUUAAAAUUGAUGAAAUUUGAAGAAAAAGUAAAGAAAGCUACUCUUACCUUAGGAGCAAAGUUUGUAGAAUAUCAUCCAGAAACUGGAUCAUGGACUUUCGAGGUAAAUCAUUUUUCAAAAUAUGGAUUGGAAGAUUCUGAUGAAGAAGUAGAAAGUACUGUGAAACCUCAGGCUCAGAAAACAUCUAUUCAGAUUGAAGUUAAACAACUGGCAUCACUUCCAAAUCAGAAGUUAGAUUUGCAGAUGUCAAAAAAACUAGAAAAUGAUGAUGAUGACGAUGAUGAUAUGGAGGAUAUUACAGGUCAGACAUUACCAAAAGAGUUAAUGGAUGAUGAACCAAGUGCUGAUUUAAUGUAUCCUGCUACUCAUCAUUUGUUACAUGCUGCAGGUGCAAGUCUAAAUAAAAUCCAAGGAAUGAAAGCAACAUUAUUUGAUGAAGAGAUGGAAAAUGAAUAUGAUUCUAUAGAUUUAAAAAUGACUGAAAGAGGUGAUUUUAGUUUUAAUGCUGAAAGUAUAAAAUCACCAAAUAAAAGACUAGCACUUGAAGAAAAAAUAUCAACUCCUUCACAAUUAAAAUAUUCAAGAUUUCAAGCUAUUGGUGUUGCUUCAACAUCUACUUCUGCACAAUUACCAGAAUUUCUUUCUGAUCAUCCUGUAUUAAUGAGUGGAAUAUCUUCAAAGACAGUAAGAAGUGUUCAAGGACAUGUAUGGAAAGGAGGAACUAAAAUUAAAUUAUUACCAUGGUCACAGUCAUUAUUACAUAACUAUCAAAAAAUGAUUGCAGAUGCAGGAUGCUUUGCUGGUAGGUCAUUUCGUGCUGGCUGGGGUCCAUCGUGGAAAUUAGUACAUCUUGGAAAUUCAAUUAAAACAGCUUCAAGAUUGAAUUCUCAACACAUACUCUUGGGAUCACCUUUCAUGUCUUCACAUUCUGAAUUUCCACAUCUGAAUUUAGUCAUAGAGAAUGUGAAAAUGUCAUCAUCAUAUCAAUAUACUGACAAUGUUAUCAGGACAAAUUUAGAAGAAUUACUGAAUGUUCAUUUAUCACAUUCAACUUAUACUAUUGAAAAUGGGGCACCAAUAUUUGUUGCAAAGCCAGGGAUUGAUUUAUUACACACCUGUGCAGAUACAUCAAAAAAGCAUGUUUUGAAUAUAGAUCCUUCACACUCAGAUGUUGAUAUAACACGUCAGUGCCAUCAUGUUUGGGAAUUAUGUGUAGCAUUGUGGGGUAAUAUACUGGGAGUUGAUAAAGGAAUGGAAUCGGUUAAUAGUUAUGUACAUUUAAUUGCAAGAAGGGAACGGUUAACUACCGGUUUUUGGAGGGAUUUUGUUAUAUGCAGUUUUACUUUUGUGUCGUCGUACUUAUUUAUAGAUUUACACACAGCAAAAUCAAUGGAAACUUCGGAUAAGAAAAACUUAAAAAUUAGUCAAGACACUGCAACAUUUGGUGAAUAUAUAAAUCCUGUAAUGAAGUCUAUUUCAGGACAAAUUUGUUUUGAAAAUUCCAUCAAGCGACAUGUGUUAAGUAUUACAAAUGAAAAUGUGAACUGUUACAAUUCUUUAACAUGGAAGAAAUAUCCAGAAACAGGGUUUAAUCAAGUUCUACUUUUAAAAAAUGAAAAAUGUUAUAAGGAGCAUUUGAAAUCUUCUGUUGCUGGCAUGAAUUUAAGUAGAAAUGAAUAUUAUACUGUUCCGCCUUUUGAAGAUUUGGCCAUCCUGACAGAUGAAAGUGGUAAUUGUAUUGUCGAAAAUCUAAUUAUUGGCCGACGAGGAUAUGGAAGUGUGUUUUUCCCAGGAAAAACAAAUGUUACCGGCCUUCAUUUAGAUAAGAUAGUUCACUUUGGAAGAAGGAUGAUUAUGGUAUAUCCUGAUGAUAACUGUAGGCCUCCGGUUGGACAAGGUCUUAAUAAAAAAGCUAAGGUUACCCUUGAAUGUGUGUGGCCAAGUGACAAAAUCACGGAAGAGCCAAUAAGAGAUGUUAAAAGAUUAAAAUUGAUGAAAUUUGAAGAAAAAGUAAAGAAAGCUACUCUUACCUUAGGAGCAAAGUUUGUAGAAUAUCAUCCAGAAACUGGAUCAUGGACUUUCGAGGUAAAUCAUUUUUCAAAAUAUGGAUUGGAAGAUUCUGAUGAAGAAGUAGAAAGUACUGUGAAACCUCAGGCUCAGAAAACAUCUAUUCAGAUUGAAGUUAAACAACUGGCAUCACUUCCAAAUCAGAAGUUAGAUUUGCAGAUGUCAAAAAAACUAGAAAAUGAUGAUGAUGACGAUGAUGAUAUGGAGGAUAUUACAGGUCAGACAUUACCAAAAGAGUUAAUGGAUGAUGAACCAAGUGCUGAUUUAAUGUAUCCUGCUACUCAUCAUUUGUUACAUGCUGCAGGUGCAAGUCUAAAUAAAAUCCAGGGAAUGAAAGCAACAUUAUUUGAUGAAGAGAUGGAAAAUGAAUAUGAUUCUAUAGAUUUAAAAAUGACUGAAAGAGGUGAUUUUAGUUUUAAUGCUGAAAGUAUAAAAUCACCAAAUAAAAGACUAGCACUUGAAGAAAAAAUAUCAACUCCUUCACAAUUAAAAUAUUCAAGAUUUCAAGCUAUUGGUGUUGCUUCAACAUCUACUUCUGCACAAUUACCAGAAUUUCUUUCUGAUCAUCCUGUAUUAAUGAGUGGAAUAUCUUCAAAGACAGUAAGAAGUGUUCAAGGACAUGUAUGGAAAGGAGGAACUAAAAUUAAAUUAUUACCAUGGUCACAGUCAUUAUUACAUAACUAUCAAAAAAUGAUUGCAGAUGCAGGAUGCUUUGCUGGUAGGUCAUUUCGUGCUGGCUGGGGUCCAUCGUGGAAAUUAGUACAUCUUGGAAAUUCAAUUAAAACAGCUUCAAGAUUGAAUUCUCAACACAUACUCUUGGGAUCACCUUUCAUGUCUUCACAUUCUGAAUUUCCACAUCUGAAUUUAGUCAUAGAGAAUGUGAAAAUGUCAUCAUCAUAUCAAUAUACUGACAAUGUUAUCAGGACAAAUUUAGAAGAAUUACUGAAUGUUCAUUUAUCACAUUCAACUUAUACUAUUGAAAAUGGGGCACCAAUAUUUGUUGCAAAGCCAGGGAUUGAUUUAUUACACACCUGUGCAGAUACAUCAAAAAAGCAUGUUUUGAAUAUAGAUCCUUCACACUCAGAUGUUGAUAUAACACGUCAGUGCCAUCAUGUUUGGGAAUUAUGUGUAGCAUUGUGGGGUAAUAUACUGGGAGUUGAUAAAGGAAUGGAAUCGGUUAAUAGUUAUGUACAUUUAAUUGCAAGAAGGGAAGCAUUUUCUUCAUGGUUAAUAGAAACUACAAGAAAUAAAAUUCAAGAAGAUAUUAGAAAUAACAAAAUUUUUGGUAAUGGAUAUUUAUCAACUAUUUUCACCUAUUUAACAGGUCAUCAGAUUGUAGAAGCAUGUAAUGUUGCACAUCAUUCAGAUGAUAACAGACUAUCGUUACUACUUGCUCAAGCUUCUUGUAAUAUGAUAUCUAGAAAACUUAUUCAAAAGCAGUUAGAAAUUUGGGAACAGUUAAAAUCAGAUCAAUUUAUAAAUGCUUCAAGAUUAAAAAUUUUUGCACUUUUGGCUGGAACUUUGACUUGGCAAGGAUCAAAGAUUUUAAUUAAUUGUUGUGAAAAGUUAGACUGGAAAAGAGCUCUUAGUAUACAUUUUUGGUAUCAUUGUCCUUCAAAUGUCAGUCUUAGUGAAGUAAUUGAUGAAUAUGAUAAAGCAUUUCAAGGUCUUUCUCCUGCUGGAAAAUAUGCUCAACCACCCUUUCCACCUUACAUUGAAGAUAAUCCUGUCCUCCUUGCAGAAUCUAUUACAGAUAUGAAUAAUGGUGAGUGUAAUGUUCCUUUUGAUACGGCAUACCAUUUACUGAAAUUAUAUUGUGAUCGGACUUAUAGAAUGGAUAAACUGUUAAAUCCAAUAACUUCAACUCCCUCACAUUUAGACUAUAGAUUGAGUUGGCUCCUUUCACAAGUACUUCAAUCGUUGGGUUAUGAAAACAUGCCACUGCAUUUGAUGGACACACUUCAUUGUAACUUUUCGUCUCAGUUGGAAUCAAUAGGACUGUGGCAUUGGGCAGUUUUUAUAGCUCUACAUAUUUCUGAUUUGGCAAGACGAAAAGCUUUAGUUAUGGAUCUUUUAUACCGCUACAUUUCUUUAGACUCAAAUGAAGAUGAUAUUACUGUAGAGAAUUUUCUCAUUGAUAGAUUGAGAAUUCCAAAAUGUUGGAUAUUUUCUGCAAAAGCAGUAAAGGCUCAUUAUUUGAACAAAGAUGAUGAAGAAGCAUGGUAUCUAUUAAAAGCUGGCUAUUGGAAUAAAAGUCAUGAAAUAAUAAUAAAUAAACUAGCAGCUGAUGCCAUUAUAAGUGAAAAAUAUGAUUAUUUGAAAGAGUAUUUAGAACAACUUGCACAUCCUGAUAGGAGCAUUACAAUUUUAGAUUGGAAUACUGGUGGUCAGGUAUUUCUGGAUUACAUUCAGAUUACUCAAACUAUGGAGAAUGUUAAAGAUGAAAUAAGUGCCUAUGAAUUAGAAAAACUACAACCAGAAAUACUUUCCCUUUGUCUUAGAUUGUCCAGUUUGAAGUGCUUGAAUGCAAAAGAUCGAUUAUGCCAAUCAGAAAUGGCAAAGAAAACAGCUACAUUACUUCGAAUGGUAUUAAUGUUGCAAACAGCCAAAAACAGAGAAAAAGAUGAUGCUCCAUUACAUUUACUUGCACCAUAUUUGAGCAAACUGCCAAUGCCAGAAGAUUAUGCUCUUCAAGAACUGCAAACUAUGACACACACAUACAUGCUAUCAAUUACCAAAUCAGACUGAAAAAAAAUGUUUCAUGACUUUAAAUAAUUCGAUUAAUGGUGUAAAUAAACAAUUUUAUUAUCAAAGCAUAGUUGCUGCCAUUUGUGAAACAAUUUUACUAAAUAAAGAAUUUACUACAUCAGUUGUUAAUUUUGGAUGAAUAUUAGUUUUUAUAAUUCUGGAAAAAAUUUUGUUAUUCAUAUAAAAAUCAUUGUUUUUUAAUAUGUAAUUACAUUUUAUGUUUGUUAUAACACAAUAUUCAUGAUGCAAAUAAUCUUUGUCAAUCAUUAGGUGGACUUAAUGAAGUUAGCAUUUAUUUUCAUUAAUGGCCAAAUCAAAUCAAAAAGAGUGAUUAAAUACUAAAAAUUUAGUAUCUUAAUAUUUUAAAACAUUGAGUUUUGUAGUUAAUGAUUCAAAAGUGUAAUUCCAAUUUUCUUAUAAAGU